GUCGGGAUGAAGCACGGCCGAGCAAUGUUGCGCGGUCCGUCGUGGUGCGGAGAACAGGAGCGUCCGCUUCCUGUCCUUCCUCUUAUUCGAGAGUCCGCCGCUCUUCGUGCACCGCGUUUCGCUGCUUCCUAAGCUCCCGUGCUUGGCGUGGGACGACGAUCUUUCUUUCCUCAACUCCGAAAUCUUUGGUGCAAAUUACCGAAACAAGAUAAAGAGCGUGAUGCACGAAACUCUUCCCGACUGAUAAAUCUCGAGCGGCACAUUCAGCGAUCGGAUGUACGAUCGUAAAUGUAAGUUCGAAAUUGCUUCGAAUCUGUGAGGCUCCGUGAAAUCAUCGUCAACAUCAUCGUCAACAGCCACGAUGAAGACUAUUGUUCUUUCUUCAACACUUGUACUUAUAUUUGCAUCGAUCGCUGGAUCGAUCAAUGACUGCAACGACCCGAAUUUUCACUCUCUGGAGACGUCGGAGACAUCCAAACUCAGGUGCGGCCCGGCCUUCAAAGGUCUUUGUCACUGUAUGAAAACAUGCUACGAUGGCCAUCAUCAGUACGUCGUGAAUUGUACAAACGCAGGAUUCUACGACACUUCCCCGCUGGCGCAUCUUCCCAACGACACGCAAGUGCUCAUCUUUACGGGAAACGAACUGCAGGAACUGCCGUGGAAUGUGUUCGGCACUCUAGAUAGCUUACCGUAUCUGAAAGUGAUCGACAUGUCGAACAACAAGAUACGCGAAAUUCGCGGCAAGACCUAUCAUCACGUGCAACACGUGGAGCGUCUCAUACUCGACUUCAAUGAACUUUCGUUCGAUCCCGCGAGAAGUCAUCCUAGAGUGUUCUCCAACUUCGUCUCUCUUCUGGAGCUUCAUUUGACCGACGCUUUCGAGGACGGUCCACCGAGGAAUUUGGCGUCGACGCUUCACGAUAUUUUCGUCAACAGUAAUCUCACGAAACUAAUAAAACUUCACUUGGAGCAAAACGAAAUCUCGGAGUUUCGGGACGCCAACGUGUUCUGCGAUCUACCGAAUCUCCUGGAUCUCCAUCUUGGCGAUAACGCGCUGAGCGCGCUUCACUUUAAUCUCUCAUGCCUGCACAAUCUGCGCUUCCUGGAUCUUCGGCGAAAUAAAUUCACGAAAGUUCUCGAGCGCGAUCUCCAUGUCAUGGACAAUCUCGCUAAACACGAUCGGUCUGUGACCGUAGACUUUGCCGGCAAUCCUUUCGAGUGUUCCUGCAGGCUCAAUCCAUUCAUCAAAUGGAUGAAAAAGACGAGAGUGUUCCUUCGAAACAAAGCCAGCUUACAGUGUUAUGAAGGAAAUGUAAGUCACGACUUUCACGAAACGAAGAAUUGCGCACCGAAAUUACUAGCUUCCGCCCGACGAGGAACAACGGUGCUACUUUGCUUCCUCUCGAUGGUACUCAUCGCCCUGGUAUGCGCUCUGGUCUAUCUGCAACGGACGAAACUUCAGAAGAAGAUCGAGCCGGUGUUCGAUUCAGUCAGCAAGAGAGUGAGAUAUACUUCGAUAGCGAACGGUGAUGUUCGCGAAGAUGUAUGAAGGGAAAAAUUGUACUUGGAAUGAAACAUUUUCAUUCUGUGAAGAGACAAACUCGCGAUCUCGUUUAAUUAAUUCCGAUAUUAAAAACAAUGAAGUUAAAGAUAUCGUAUUUUUUGCGCGUAAAACUUUGUAAAAUGUUUAUAGUCAUAACGGUAUCACGUCAUGUUGAUACCGUUAAAUUAAGCAAUUCGUGUGUUAUGGUGUUUGACGCAUGCGAAAAAUCAAAUGAUGUAUUUUCAGAUAUUACACAAAAUCACCGAGCUCCAUAUUAUAAAAAAAUUGUAAUUAAUAUCGUAACAUCCGACUUAAUUUUAC